CCUCCCUAUUGACACUUAAUUACUUUCUCGAACCAACUUCUUCUUUUAUCUUCUUAAAAUUUGGUCUCCUUAUUCUGGAUGCUGGACAACCUUUCAAAGAUCUGCAAGUAGCCAUGGCUUAUUCAGUUACUUGGUACGUGGAAACUCAGGGAAAAAUUCACAUGUGCAUUUCCUUGUUAGUCGGAAUUCCCUUGAUAUUUUUCUCUAGCAAUGGCUUUUGCAUAGACUCUUCUUCGUUUUCAAGCAAGGAUGUAACAAGUGAUUCGGAUUUUGACUCUUACAGCUCAGUGAGCAGCUUUUAUUGUAGUUCUAAUAAGUAUAUUAUGAAAUCUUACUCUGAAAAAUAUGAAAGCUUGCAAGAUCCAGACUUCCAAGAAUUUGUAGACCAAGAACUUCCAUUAGGCUGUGGCAAAUUUCUGCCAGAUAAUCUGAAUCUUGUGUUAAGGCAUUCAGUUUUACAUCGCAGCCUAGUCGGUGAAGGCUCUCAUCGUCAUCUCUCAUCAUCCAUCAGAUUUAGCUUCAAUCUUGAGUCCACAUCUGAGCUACGUCCUCACGAAUGUGAUGUCAUACUCAUUGAGAGGCUGCCUUCUGGGGUUUAUGCUGACCCUUUUGAACUUCAGCAUCUCCUUCAGCGUGGUGUAUUUAGUGACAUUGCUGUAUUUGGAGAUGCAAAUUUAGAAUCACCUUCAUUUCUGUCCAACCGUUCUGCUGUCGAGAUUAACAUGGAUAUUGAUCUCAGUAUCCUGUCAGGGCAUAAGAAUGAGGUUGUUAUCAAGGUGGAGCUUCCGUUACAUGCAAGAUAUGCGCCUCUAUCCGAAAGUGGCUAUUGGGAUGUCAAAUUUGGUGAACCUGAUUUGUUCAUGCGCUGCAGUGUGGAAGGGAAAGCACACAACCAGAACAGUGUAGAAGGGAAAUCACACAACCAGUGCUGUUUAUACAUGAUUAAAAACGAUGAUGAUCAAGUACAACAUGGUACAAUUCUCUGGAAAAUACCUUCUGGGAUAAAAGCACAUGCUGGAGUUGUAUAUGUUUUUACUUUCGUUUCAGCCUUUUUAUCAUCUCUUCUAAUUGUUUUGACAUCCAUAUUUUAUACGAACAUCAAUGGGUCCAAAAAUUCCAAACAAUCUUAAUAUUCAAAUAAUUUUCUUGCUUGACA